GAUAUAUUUUGAUGAUAUCUCGAAAGUCGAAAUCGGUGGCGUGGCUGUGGUUCUCUGUUCGUUCGUUGUGCGUUUCUGAAGGUUGUAAUACUGAGAAAAAAAUGACGGCACACGACCAGAUGCGAGCUAUGCUCGAUCAAUUAAUGGGAACAGGUCGAAAUGGUGAAAAUAACAAAUUUCAAGUGAAAUACUCCGAUCCGAAGGUCUGCAAGAGUUUUCUCCUGGCAUGCUGUCCACACGAGAUACUUUCAUCAACGCGCAUGGACCUGGGAGAAUGCCCCCAGAUUCACGACUUGGCCCUACGGGCUGACUAUGAGGCGGCACAAAAGAAAAAGGAUCAUUUUUAUGAUAUUGAUGCUAUGGAACAUCUGCAAAAUUUUAUUGCGGACUGCGAUCGUCGUACCGAACAAGCGAAACAACGUCUAGCAGAAACACAAGAAGAAUUAAGCGCUGAGGUUGCAGCAAAAGCAAACAAUGUACAUGUUCUUGCCGAAGAGAUUGGUAAGAAAUUAGCUAAGGCUGAACAGCUAGGGGAAGAAGGUUUUGUUGAGGAAUCUAUGAAGCUGAUGGGUGAAAUCGAUGAACUACGUAAGAAAAAGAACGAGGCUGAGCAAGAAUAUCGAAAUAGUAUGCCAGCAUCGAGUUACCAACAACAAAAAUUGAGAGUGUGUGAAGUGUGUAGCGCAUAUCUUGGUAUACAUGAUAACGACAGAAGAUUGGCCGAUCAUUUUGGUGGAAAGUUACAUCUUGGUUUUAUCAAAAUAAGAGAAAAGUUGGCGGAAUUACAGAAAACGGUUGAGGAAAGGCGUAAAGAAAAACGUGACUCGUUAUUAGAUAGACGACGAGAUAGAGAUAGAGAGGAUCGUGAUAAAGACCGUGAUAGAUCGGAUAGGGGACGUGGUUUGGGAUAUAAAGAAAGGGAUCGUGAUCGUGAUCGAGAUCGCGACCGUGAACAACGUGAUCGUGAUCGUGAUCGUGACCGUGACCGUGAUCGUGAACGCGACCGUGAUCGCGACCGUGAACGCGAUCGUGACCGAGAUCGCGAGCGCGACCGUGAUCGUGAACGCGACCGUGACCGUGACCGUGAUCGUGAUCGUGAUCGCAGAGAUAGAGAUAGAGACAGAAGGAAGUCACGAUCUCGAAGUCGUAGUCGAGGGAAGAGAUCGAAACGUUCGCGAAGUGGCAGUCGUGGCCGUCGAUCUCGAUCUCGACGCAGUGCAUCGAACGAUCGGAAGAGAUAAAACUCGAUAUAUAUAUAUAUAUAUACAUACAUACAUACAUACAUACAUACAUACAUACAUACAUACAUACAUACAUACAUACAUACAUACAUACAUACACACACACAUACAUAAAUAAAUAUAUACACACAUACAUACAUACACACACAACAGAAAGAGAGACAGAGAGAGAGAGAGAGAGACAGACAGACACACACAAUAAUGUUUAAUGAUUUACUUUAAAACAGUAUUUUCUUUUCUUUUUUUUUUCUUUCCCAUUCUUUUUUUUUUUCUUUUUCUUUCUCCCUUUUUUUCAUAUAUAUGCAGAUUUUUCAAGAUUAUGUGUAAAAUAAAUUAACAAACAUAAAUAAAUAAAUUAAUAAAAUAACUCGUAUAUUAAAUAUUAAUAAAUGAGAUGUGAUCCAUUUCGGAUAUGAAUAUAUGAAGAAGCAUUUGUAUGUCACUUAUAUAGUUUCAAUAAUAAUAUUACAAUCGACAUA